CACGGAGGCGUUCAGUGCUGAGAGAGGGGCGAGAGAGGGGGCCGAGAAGGUGAUGAUCGUGGUGACCGACGGAGAGUCACAUGACGGGGAGGAGCUUCCUGAGGCACUGGCCGAGUGUGAGCAACGCAACAUCACCAGAUACGCCAUUGCGGUGUUGGGCCACUACAUCCGCCGGCAGCAGGACCCAGAGACCUUCAUCAACGAGAUCAAGUACAUCGCCACUGACCCGGACGAGAAGUACUUCUUUAACGUGACGGACGAGGCGGCCCUGAACGACAUCGUGGACGCCCUGGGAGACCGCAUCUUCAGUCUGGAGGGGACUUUGGGAAACAAUCAGAGCUCAUUUGAGAAAGAAAUGUCCCAGAUCGGCUUCUCCACACAUGCCCUUGAUGAUGGGAUCCUGUUUGGGGUGGUGGGCGCGUAUGACUGGGACGGGGGCGUGCUGAGGGAGAGCAGCCAGGGCACCUUCAUGCCCCCCAGGGAGGCGUUCGAGAGCGAGUUCCCCCUGGAGCUCAAGAACCACGCCGCCUACCUGGGCUACACGGUCUCGUCAGUGGUCGUUGGUGAUUGGAGGAGGCUGUACGUUGCCGGGGCGCCGCGUUUCAAACACAAGGGAAAGGUCAUCCUGUUUGACCUCAGCCCCGCGGGCGACGUCACCAUCUCACAGGCCCUCAACGGAGAACAGAUCGGGUCGUACUACGGCAGUGAGGUGUGUGGAGUGGACGUGGACCAUGAUGGCAUCACGGACGUUCUGCUGGUGGCAGCGCCCAUGUUCUUGGGCGCGGGGAACCGAGAGGCAGGACGGGUCUACGUGUACAGUCUGGACGGGGAUGGCUUUGCUCCUAACGGAACGCUGCAGUCCCAGCAGAAGGCCCAGGAUGCGCGCUUCGGCUAUGCCAUGGCUGCUGUGCCCGACCUCAACCAUGACGGCUACGCCGACGUGCUCAUCGGGGCGCCUCUGGAGGACGACCACCAGGGGGCGCUCUAUGUUUACCAUGGGGACGAGUUCUACAUCAUCCCCCAGUACAAACAGCGUAUCGCGGGCUCCACUCUGUCUCCAGCGCUGCAGUAUUUCGGCCGCAGUGUGAGCGCUCAGAUGGACCUGGAUGGGGACAACCUGCUGGACCUGGCUGUUGGAGCACAAGGCAGCGCCAUACUACUGAGCUCUCGGAACAUCGUCCAGAUCAACGUGACGCUGGCGUUCCACCCGCCCUCCAUCAACGUCAUCCAGAAGAACUGCCAGCGGGGCGCCCGCGAGUCCGCCUGCCUCAACGCCUCCGCCUGCUUCCUGGCCCUCACCCGCCUGCCCCGCGCCUCGGGGAACUACUUCGAGCUGCAGGUUGGGGCCCUGUUGGACGACAGGAAGUUGUCAGCACGUGCGCUCUUCGACAACAACUCCCAGCGCCAGACCAGCAUCGGCGUUCGCCUCCGCGUGGGCACACGCACCUGCCACCCUCUGCCCUUCCACGUGUUUGACACAGCUGAUUACAUCCGACCAAUCAGCUUCACUCUCCGCUUCAAGAUCAAUGACACGGAGGGAGCCCCGGUGCUGGACGAGGGUUGGCCAACCACCAUCAAGAAGUCUAUCCCCUUCUUUAAGGACUGCGGUGAGGACGAUGUGUGUGUGACCAAUCUGGUUCUGCAGGCCCACAUGAACAUCUCUGGCACAAGGCAGCAGCCGUAUGUGAUCCGAAGCCCACGCAGACGGCUUGGUGUGGAGGUGCAGCUGAGUAACCUCCUGGAGAACGCCUACAAUACCAGCCUCACCAUGCACUACUCUAAGAACCUGCACUUCUCCAGUCUCAGCAUACGGGAUGAUGUCCAUUUUAAGAUUGAGUGCACAGCUGUCAACUCCAACACUCACUCCUGUAACGUGAGCUACCCAGUGUUCCGCUCACACUCCAAGGUCAACUUACUGUUGGAGUUUGAGUUCAGCUGUACGUCUCUCACUAGCAAGGUCCAGAUGAAACUCACGGCAUCCAGUGACAGUGUGGAGAGAGACGACACUCUGGAUGACAACAGUGUCCAGCUGCAGACCAUAGUGCAGUACGAGCCGGACCUCUUCAUCUCCAGUGAAUCGAACCUGAAUCGGUAUGAGGUGCAUCCCACCCGGACUGUGUCAGAAGCCAUGGGACCAGAGUUCUACACCUACUUCAGGGUGCAGAAUCUGGGUUGUUACUUGGUCAGUAAUCUGGAGUUGAGUAUCCAGCUGCCUGCUGUGGCGGCGGGAGACAGGAGCUUCAUGUACGUGGCGGAGGCCUUCUCACACAACACGUCAGGAGUGAACUGCAGCAUCAGGAGUGAUCUCCCUCAGCUGAAGCACACGCAGAAGGACGUGUGGCCACUGCACCCAGAGGACAUGCUCAAGACUGACCUGCUGAACUGCACAAGGUCGUGGUGUGUGGAGGUGACAUGUCAGAUACAGCAGCUGCUCAAAGCCCAGUCUGCACUCAUACGCCUCACCAGGAGAGUGAACGACAACUUCUUUAGACAGGCAAAGUUUAAGUCAGUGCGGAUUGUUGGCUCCUACACACUGACUGUGAAAGAAUCCAACCUGAUAAAGCUGGGUAGUGCUGCCAUCUGGAGGGAGACGGUGCUGGAGAUUCUGAAGGGUCGCUCCAUCCCCAUCUCACUCUGGAUCCUGAUUGGCAGCAUCAUCGGCGGCCUGCUGCUACUUGCCCUCAUUAUCUUCAUCCUGUGGAAGUUGGGAUUCUUUGCAAGAAAGCAGAGGAAGGAGUCAGAUGAGGACAAAGAUGACUGAGCCCCGUUGUCAUGGCAACACCUAUGCAACAUCACCUCCAUGGCGACCGGACUACUACCAUCUUCUGCCAACUUGGCAGCUCCUUCCAGUAUCCCCCACCCCCCACUGCAACCACUACCCGCACUGCACUGUGCCCCAAACCCUGUUCAGCGUUCAUAUUUACUCAUUUGCCAGAUGCUUUGAUUCAAAGCGACGUGCAAGUGAAAAACAACACUAGCUUCAACACGACAAGACUUCAGUGCAGUAGGACACCUGGGAGAAUUGGGGCCGGUGUCCACCAAGCGCGUUUAUUGUGCCGAUGGCGGCUAUUUUCUGUACAGCUGGGCUCGUCAAUAUCACUUUUCUCUCUACGACCUAUCAAAACUUUGAAGCCUAGCAACAAUAAACACUUGACUGAAGCACUCUGAAAAUUAAGUUCAGGGCGCUGUCAGUGCAGAAAAAUGUGAUUGGUGGACACAGGCCCUGAUGUACAAUAAGAUCUAGUGAAGGAGAAACACCUAUUCAUUAAGAUCUGAAGGAGAGACGCCUAUUCAAUAAGAUCUGAAGGAGAAACACCUAUUCAUUAAGAUCUGAAGGAGAACAGAGAAAUCUAUUCCACUACAGAUGAGGUGAACAAGUGCAGUGUGUUAGGGUGUGAGGAGCGGAGGUGCAGUGUGUUAGGCCUCCAGCAGUGAGGGUUAGGGGUUAGAGGUCAACACACUCUGGCUCUCCAUGGCCCUCCCUCCUCUACCGUAGGAGUGCAGGUGUGUAUCGGGGAGCACAUGCAGGCAGCAUACACACAGUGCUACACAGUGCAACUCUGUUUCUACCAAGAUGGUGGUGGUUGGGCUACACACACACACACACACACACACACACACACACACACACACACACACACGCCUUUGUAACAUAGUAAUCCUGUAUCAUUACAAUCAUGUGCAUUUAUUUAAACUUCAGUUUCAUAACAGGUUUUCACUUUGCAUUAUUUUGCUGUUUUGUAAAUUGCUUUCAGGUCUGAUGAUUUAAAACUGUUGGUCAAUUAAAGUCUUUUGUAAACUGUAACCAGGGGGUGUUGGUCUUG